AUGAGGAACCACACUGUUAUCCCUGAGUUCAUCCUCCUGGGGCUGUCUGAUGAUACCCAGAUCCAGGCUGUGCUCUUUGUUCUCUUCCUGGUGGUUUACGUUCUGACCAUGGUGGGGAACCUCACGAUGCUCCUGGUGGUGAGAAUUGAUUCUCACCUCAACACACCCAUGUACUUCUUCCUGGGACAAUUGUCUUUCCUGGAUCUCUGCCACUCCUCUGUCACCGUGCCUAAGCUGCUAGAGAACCUCUUGUCUGAAAAGAAAACCAUCUCGGUGGAGGGCUGCCUGGCUCAGGUUUUCUUUGUGUUCACCACUGGAGGCACUGAGUCCUGUCUACUCACGGUGAUGGCCUAUGAUCGCUAUGUUGCCAUCAGCUCUCCCCUGCUCUAUGGUCAGGUGAUGAACAGACAGCUGUGUACAGGGCUGGUAUGGGGCUCAUGGGGCUUGGCUUUUCUGGAUGCUCUCAUCAAUAUCCUUGUAGCUCUUAAUUUAGAUUUCUGCGGGGCUCAAAAUAUCCACCACUUCAUCUGUGAGCUGCCCUCUCUCUACUCUUUGUCUUGUUCUGAUGUGUCUGCAAGCUACACCACUUUGCUUUGCUCCAGUUUCUUGCAUUUCAUUGGAAAUUUUCUCCUGGUACUUUUUUCAUAUGUUCGCAUUUUGCUCACUAUUCUGGGCAUAAGCUCCACUUCAGGGAGAAGCAAGGCCUUUUCCACCUGCACAUCCCACCUCACUGCAGUGAGCUUCUUUUAUGGCUCCGGAUUACUCCGCUAUCUCCUGCCAAAUUCAGGAUCAAUUCAAGAGUUGAUCUUCUCCUUGCAGUACACUGUGAUCACUCCUAUGCUGAAUCCCCUCAUCUACAGUCUGAAGAACAAAGAGGUGAAGACAGCUGUGAGAAGAAUGUUAAGAAAAUGUUUCCAAUGUUUCAAAAAUCAAGUUGAUGAGGAACAUGGACAAAGCUACAAUAAACAGUGUCUGGAAACUUAG